AUGGCGCCGCGGGAAGGCUUACGCAAGAUGCGCCUCGGAAGAGCCGCUCUGGUGGCAGCUGGAGCCAGUGUCCUCCUGAUGUUCUCUGUCGCAGUCAGGACGACAGACAGCAUCAAAGAAGGUUUGAGCUUUCUUUGGCCUGUCAGCUUCUGCCUCCAGCGUCUUCCACAUCUUAGUGAUAGACACGAGGCGCCUGCCCUGCGAAGGUCAGCACGGUCUUCGCAGUUUCAUGGAGGAGGCGGAGGCUCCCUGGCCGUGCCCUUCACCGUGGCCGGCGCCUCCCUGGUCGCAGUGGGCCUGCUCCGAGCUCAGGGCGCAAGGGCCCGGACGGGGACGCUGCGGCGUGCUUUGGAGGACGAGGGGAAGCUCGGAAAGGCGAUGGCCGAGGGCAAAAGGCUCAAGAGCUCGAGUUCGCACCCGGCCGUAUCUCCCAUUGCCAUGGCGGUGCUGUCGCUGUUGGGGCUCGUGUUCCCAGUCCUGUCGUCAGCCCAGGGUGGAGACUACAUGAGCCAGUAUGCAGCGCCGUACCAACAUUACAUGCAGGGCGGAUCCGGCGGUGGCUCUGGUUACCAGCAGUACUACAAGAAGUACAUGUCGCAAUACGGCUCCGGUGCCGCCGGAGGGUAUGAGAAGUACAUGUCGAAGUAUGCCGGCGACUAUGCUAGCAAGUACAUGCCGUCCUCCACGUCUGCGGACGAGUCUUCCGAAGAUGCAGGGAAGCCGCUAAACUUCGCGGCAGCUGAGGGGGAUGAAAGCUCCAACACGGAUGCCAAGUCCAGGAAGGACUCGGCAAGCGAUUCUCAGAACGGAGCUGACCAAAAUGGCUUCAAGAAGUACAUGGACUACUCCAAGUACUCGCAGGGCCACGGCUCCCAGGGCUCGCAGGGUGGUGACUAUAAGCAGUACAUGGAUUACUCCAAGUACACUCAGGGUCACGGCUCCCAGGGUGGUGACUACAAGCAGUACAUGCAGUCCUACGGUGGGGACUACAGCAAGUACAUGCAGGGGCACGGCUCCCAGGGCGGAAAUUUCCAGCAGUACAUGCAGUCCUACGGUGGCGACGUUAGCAAGUACGCGCAAGGGCAUGGAUCGCAGGGUGGUGACUAUAAGCAGUACAUGGAUUACUCCAAGUACACUCAGGGUCACGGCUCCCAGGGUGGUGACUACAAGCAGUACAUGCAGUCCUACGGUGGGGACUACAGCAAGUACAUGCAGGGGCACGGCUCCCAGGGCGGAAAUUUCCAGCAGUACAUGCAGUCCUCCGGUGGCGACGUUGGCAAGUAUGCGCAAGGGCAUGGAUCGCAGGGUGGUGACUAUAAGCAGUACAUGGAUUACUCCAAGUACACUCAGGGUCACGGCUCCCAGGGUGGUGACUACAAGCAGUACAUGCAGUCCUACGGUGGGGACUACAGCAAGUACAUGCAGGGGCACGGCUCCCAGGGCGGAAAUUUCCAGCAGUACAUGCAGUCCUACGGUGGCGACGUUAGCAAGUAUGCGCAAGGGCAUGGAUCGCAGGGUGGUGACUAUAAGCAGUACAUGGAUUACUCCAAGUACACUCAGGGUCACGGCUCCCAGGGUGACUACAAGCAGUACAUGCAGUCCUACGGUGGGGACUACAGCAAGUACAUGCAGGGGCACGGCUCUGCCGGAGACGGCUUCCAGAAGUACAUGGAUUACUCCAAGUUCACACAGGGUCAAGAUCAUCAGGGUCCAUCCGAACCAGCUUUGGUCUUGGCAUCGACUGGCCCCAAUGCCACUUCAAAGCAAUCCCGGUCUGAUGCCUCUGGGCGACAGCAGGUCUCUGAGGAUCAGCGCGAGGAGCGCGAAAGGCAGAUGGAGAAGGAGCGUCUGCGUGAAGAGCUGCAGUCCGAAAAGGCGAGCCUCCGUGCUGAGCUUGCAUCCGAGAAGGAGCACCUGCGGGAUGAGCUUGCUGCCGAAGCCAAGGCGGCAGCUGCUGCUGCAAAGAAGGCAGCCAAGGCCGCCAAGGCCGGCGAGCUUUUCGUCGCUCCUGAUCAGCAGAACACAGAGGAAGCGAAGGAGAGCAAGCUGCGCGAGGAGGAGAAGCAGCAGCUUCGUGAAGAGCUGGCCUCGGAGCGGGAGCGUUUGCAGAAGGAGCUUGCCCAAGAGCAGGAGCACUUGAAAGAGGAGUUGGCCUCCGAAGCUAAAGAGCACGAGGAGGAGAGGGCUACCCCUCCAGCACAGCUCGCAGCGAUCCCGGCUGGGUCUCGACCGCUGGUCGUAACCGGUUCCCUUGCGAUUGGCGUGCUUGCCGCCGUCGCCUUUGCCGCGCGACUUCGCCGUCAGCGCCAGGCCGACGCAGCCGAAGACUACCUUAUGUAUGUCGAUGCACCGAUGGAGAUUGCCUAG